AUGUUUUGCAGGAAUGCCAACUGCCGCCAGGCAGAGCAAAAGACCGACGACGAUGACGACGACGACGACGACGACCAGUGGGCACAUCAGCAUCAGAAUCAGCAGCAGCAGAGUCCACCAGCUGGACCAAAGCACAAUUGCUUCACGUGCAAGGGGCGUCACAAUACGCUCUUGCACAAGGACGCCCGACCGGAGAAUAAUCCAACGUCGGUCCCAGCUCAGCCCAGUUCGCACAAUAUUGUCCGGACUUACUUUACCUCUGAGGCAAGGUCCUCACGAGAUAAGUUGCUAGGUACAGCGAUCGUGGACCUUUGGCACAAGGGCACUACUUAUGCUUCACGGGCGCUAUUAGACCCGGCUUCUGAAGCCAAUUUCAUAUCCGAAAGAAUGUUCCGACUCAUGAAGUUACCAUUCCAAACUGUCAGGGCCGAAGUGACAGGCAUUAACGGAAAGGUCAAUAGAACCUUGAAGGUCUGUCACAUAAGCAUUCGGUCAUCGCAUGGACCUCCAGUCCAGAUCGAGAUAGAAGCGUUUGUCUUGUCCCAAGUUGCUGAUGAUUUGCCGUCAUGUACGAUAGCCCAAGCCACACUGGAAGGAAUGCCCAAUAUUCCUCUAGCCGACCCCUCCUUCAGAUUAAAGGCAAAGAUCGAUCUACUCCUUGGCAUUGAUGUAAUACCAGCGGUGACUCUUUCCGGCAUCCAGACCGAAGUGUGCGGAUCUUUAAUGGCUCAAGAGACGAGAUUCGGUUGGGUCAUUUCAGGCCCGUUGCAAGGGGUCCCCGUCAGUUCAUGUGCCGCGUUCACCACGAGGGUCGCAGUUAGCAGAGAGGAGGGACUUGAAACUCUUCUCACAAGGUUUUGGGAGGUGGAGGAUCUACCGGGCAAACCGGUAGAAGAUUCUGACUCUGUUUGCGAGGUCAAUUUCCAGAAGACCACAAGAAGAGAUGUUGCGGGGAGAUAUACGGUCUCACUUCCGUUUCGAGAUCCAACCAACAUCAACCUUGGUCAUUCCAGACCAGGGGCAUUGGCUCAGUUCCUAAAAAACGAAAGCCGACUCCUUAAAAAUAUUCCGGCAAAAACUGAGUAUGACGCCGUCAUCCAAGAAUAUUUGGACUUGGGCCACAUGCGUCAGGUUCCAUUUGACGGCACUAAUAACAAUUUUUAUUUGCCACACCAUGCGGUUUUCAAGCCCGACAGCACCACAACAAAGGUACGGGUAGUUUUUAACGCCUCUAGCAAGUCCACCAACGGAGUAAGUCUCAACGACAUACUUUACCCUGGUCCGGUACUUCAGUCCGAUCUCACUACUCAGAUUCUCAAGUGGCGUUUUUUCCGAGUAGUUUUCAAUGCCGACAUCACAAAAAUGUACCGCCAAAUUAUGGUCGAUCAAAUCCACACGCCAUUUCAGAGGAUCCUGUUCCGAAAUAAAGAGGGGCAACUUGGUGAUUACGAGCUGAAUACCGUCACGUUUGGCAUUAACUGUGCUCCGUUCUUAGCCAUCCGAGUACUUCAGCAACUCGCAAGUGAUGUACAAUCCAAAUUUCCUUUGGCUAGCGAUAUUAUCAAGUCCUAUAUGUAUGUCGAUGAUGUCCUGGCAGGGGCUCAUAAUGAAACAACGGCAAUCGCAAUGGUCAAUGAACUUCAAGACGCUCUUGGUUCAGCUGGCUUUCCCUUGCGCAAGUGGACAUCGAAUGUGAAGAGCGUGCUCAGUUCGAAAUCUAGAGUCGCCCCGGUUAAAACGGUUUCAUUGCCCCGCCUUGAAUUAUGCGGAGCUACACUUUUAGCGGAACUGGCAGCUGCAGUUCUUCCGCAACUUCCAGUUGAUAAUGCGGAGGCUUUUUAUUGGUCAGAUUCCACCGUCGUACUGUCGUGGUUAAAUAAGCCACCCUGCACAUGGACAACGUUUGUCGCAAAUCGGGUAGCAAAGAUUGUGACGGCAACAAAUGACGCCCCAUGGAAUCACGUUCGUUCAGAGGACAACCCAGCAGAUCUCCCUAGCCGCGGCCUGAGUGCGCAGGAAUUGGUACACAAGGAUUUGUGGUGGCACGGCCCACCAUGGCUACGGGAACCACAAGAGUCCUGGCAGCGAGCGACACCACUCCCACUAGACACUGCCUUGGAGAAGCGGGUAGUGAAGGUCCACGUCGCGAUCGCUAAGCCAGCCAACGAGAUAUUAUCUCGUUUUUCCAAUCUGGCACGUGCCUUACGAGUGAUAGCAUAUGUGAUCCGUUUCGGCAGAAGGUGUCGUAAACUGCCAAACGAUUACUCCGGGGAGGUGACCUCUAGCGAGAUCAAUCAAGUACUCCAGGCGUUGAUCCGAGUCACUCAGCGUGAUUACUUUCCGACGGAACAUCGGUGUCUACAGCAGAAGAAAUCUCUGCCCACGUCUAGCACCAUUCUCAAUUUGAAUCCUUUCAUUGACGCAUCAGGUGUGAUCCGAGCAUGUGGGCGCGUGCAACAAGCAGCGGCCCUUAGUUACGAUGAGCGUAACCCCAUUCUGUUGCCAGUAGUAAGUCCGUUGUCCCGGCUGUUGGUGCUUUUCACGCAUCAGAUCUCUCUCCAUGGGGGCAGCCAACUGGUAGUCCGUCUCAUCCGACAGAGAUACUGGAUUCCAAGACUGCGGAAUCUAGUAAAAUCGGUGGUCAAUUCAUGCAAAGUCUGUGUGAUUUAUAAAAGAAGGCUGCAAUCACAGCUAAUGGGCACCCUUCCGGCCCAGCGAACUACUUUCGCACGUCCUUUCACGACCACCGGUAUAGAUUUUGCAGGUCCUUUCGACAUCAAGAGUUUCACCGGCCGCGCUUGCCGCAUAUCAAAGGGAUAUGUGUGUGUCUUUGUUUGCUUUUCCACCAAAGCCAUUCACCUUGAGGCAACUUCGGAUUUGAGUACCGAAGCAUUUCUGGCAGCAUUCGCUCGCUUUGUAUCGAGGCGAGGGUGUCCCCAGCAAGUGCAGUCCGACAACGGGAAAAACUUCGUAGGUGCAUCCAGAGUGCUUGAAAAAGAUUUCCUAAAUUCUACCCAGCAGAAAAUAUUAUCCCACUACAGCCAUCAGAAUCUGUCCUGGCAUUUCAUCCCUCCCGGGGCACCACACAUGGGAGGGUUGUGGGAGGCUGGAGUUAAGAGUUUUAAAACUCUGUUCUACAAGGCCACUUCCAACCAAAGGUAUACUUUUGAAGAGUUCUCUACGCUGCUGGCUAAGGUAGAGGCGUGUUUGAACUCGCGGCCGAUUUCUCCUAUGUCUGAAGACCCCACCGACUCUUUAGCUUUGACCCCAGGCCAUUUCCUAGUUGGCGGUCCAUUGCUAUCCGUGACGGAACCUGAAAUCAAGGAUCAGGUACCGUCUAUCAUUAACCGGUGGCAGCGUCUGAAGGCCGUGAGUCAGCAUUUCUGCACCCGAUGGAAAGACGAGUAUCUGAAGGAGCUACAUAAGCGCAAUAAGUGGCGAUUCCCUUCUAAAAAUCUUGAAGUGGGCGAUCUGGUGGUACUCAAAGACGACAAUCUUCCAUUUAAUGAAUGGCGUCUCGGGCGAAUCCACCAGACACACCCUGGCAGUGACGGCAAUGUCCGCGUCGUCGAACUGCUUACCGCUCGCGGUAUUGUGAAGCGUCCCGUCGCAAACUUCCUGAUAUUCGUCAACCUAGAUCCCGUUUCCAUGGCUCCGAGACCGCGUUCAGUACAGGCAUCGAAAGAGGAGCGCAGAUGUUCGCGAGGAACUGAGUCCUUCCGUUGCCGAGUCUGUCGCGGAAUCCAUCCUCUGAAGCGAUGCCGUCGCUUCCUGCGGCUGAACGUGGAGAAGAGGAUGAGGGCAGUGCUGGCGAAUAAGUACUGCGCCAAUUGCCUGGCCCACCAACAUUCCGGAGGAAGCUGCUUAAGCGGUGAUAAGUGCCGAAUCUGUGAGGAGGAUCACCACACGCUGCUUCACUUCCAUGAACAGCCACGUCGACGCACUCCAAGCUCCGUCGUACGCCGAGUCACCCCCGAGUCCUCCAGACGAAGGGUCGCGCCAACGCCAGCCUCCGAUCCGAAACUGACCUUGACCACACUGCUGCAGCACCGCAAUCCGCAUCUGAUGCCCACGGCGAUGGUGCGCAUUGAGACGGAGGGAAAAACCUUCGACGUGAAGGCCCUGGUGGACCCUUGUUCUGCGGUAUCGUCGAUGGCGACGUCAUUGGCCACGGCCUUCAAGUUGACAGCCGUCAAUAUAGGGGCAGAGAAAGCGGUGGCAGCAGUGAUCCGGUCCCCAAUCAGUGAAGGAUGGCGAUUGGAGGCGAUCCUGAAGGUGGUCGAUGGCUUGUGCUGCCGCACUCCAAGCGCUCCGGUGGACCCACAGAUCGCCAAAAAGUUUGAGGGCAUCGUCCUGGCGGAUGAGACGUUCUACCGACCGUCGUCAGUGUCUCUGGUCCUGGGCGCGGAUGUGAUCACGGAGGUCAUGCUAGAAGGGAGUCUACCUGGGGUUGGCGGGCGGCCGAUUGCGAUGCGCACAGUUUUUGGCUGGACCCUGUCCGGAGCGUGCCAUUAA